AUUCAAGAUCGCGAAAGUGUAGAAGUUAACCUUUAAAAUGGGUCCAUAAUGGUUGUACGGCUAUUUUUUACUAAGUUACAGCAGUUGAAUAAUCGUGAUCGUUUUAUAUCUACGGUGCGUGAAUAAUGCGGUGAAAAUCAACAGUGUAACUAUUGAAAAUCAAACAAAAUAGUAAAGUGUGUAACAAUUAAUUGUCAAUAUGGCGGAUAGCGAUUUGCUCAUCACAAUUUCGGGUGCUGCGCUUUCUUUACUGUUCUAUGAAAAUGUUCGUAACAGUGGAGACCAGAUGGGUUUUUUACUAGGAGAAAAUCUUGAGUUCGUUAUUAAAACGUAUACAGAUUCGGAGAUUCAGAUAGAAACUGUGAAGACACACAACAAUAUUGAAACUGUUAUUACUUGCCCGUUGCCCGAUCUUUUGCACGAUUCUAUUGGUAGAAUUAAUAAAGAGAAAUUAAAGGAUUUUAUGCGCGACAAGAGCAAACAGGUUAUAGGUUGGUUUCGCUUCAGGCGGAAUACAGACUUGGUGCUCACUAUGAGGGAUAAAAUAUUGCACAAAGAAUUUGCAUCGCAUUUCUCUGGAUGCAAUGGUACUACGAAAAAUUUCUUUGUUACUUGUUUGUUGAGCUCUUCGACAAACGCUACGAGGGGCACGCAUAAGUUUAAACAUGUCUUUUUGAGACGCAGAAGGGGAAUGUUUGAGCCAGUUCCAUUAAGGAUAAUCAAUUUGGGAAAUGAUUCUUUUAUACACGAUGGUUCAGAUUAUAAACCUGCUCCUACCAAAAAAUCAUCAGAUACGCCUGAUGUAUUUACAGAACUUAUAGAAUCUCUGAAUUUGGACCUCGUAGGGACAUCUGGAUUUGAGUCUGUUAUCACUAUACAAAAAACAGUCGAGCAGUACUUGGACAAGUUAAUACCGGAAUUGUGCAAAUCCGACAUGGAGGUGGCGGAGCUAGAAAGGCAAGUCAAAGAAUUUAAACGUAACAGAAUCGCGCAGAACAACGAGGACGCUGAAAAAAAUAGCGUCAGCAACGAAAUAGAAGAGUUUGAGAAAAUGUCCCCGCCAAGAAUUGAAUCCUCGGAUAAUGGUCGCGACGACAGGCAAACGUUUAAGGACUCCUCUACUACAACUAGUCGAACUGUUACUCCUAAAUUAAGAAACACCGCAAUGUAUAUCGAGGAGAACGUUAACCAAAGUAAAUCGAGAAAAACGAACGCGGACACGGUGAAAAUUCUGAACGUAGAACCACCGGCGAACACAGUCCCAGAAUUAAAAGUCGACGGUAUGGAGACCCUGUCAAUAAGGAACAGACACUUAUCUAUGAGGUCGGAAAUCGUGAAGGAAUCGAUCUGUAAAGGUGAAACAAACAAAUGCGUUGGCAAAGGUCGGGGGAAAAUAAUCCGCGAAACUCAGGUGUCGCCACAGGAGUCGCCCGAAACGAAUUGUGUACAAAAUACAUCCUCCCAAAUAUCUUACAGUCAGGUCACGAAAAAAAAGAUCGACAAUACGCGCAAAUCGGAUUCGAUGGAUAACCGUUAGAAAAAUACCUUCUCGAUCAUCACCGAAAGCUUUAUAAGGAUAAUACUUAAAACGAUAGAGCAUGUUCUGCAAAAGAGAGUGAAUCGACAUGAGUUUUAGGGCGCUUACGCUACACGUGUAUGCAUUGUAAAUAUUUCUAACAUGUAAGG